AUGUCUCAGUUGAAAGAACAAGCACGUGAGGGCAUACGUCACGCUAAAGACAUACUCUCACUUUUACGGAACCAUAUCAGCUUGACGUCUUCUUUGGUCGGCGUUAGUGCAUGUCUUGCUGCCUAUUGGCUGAUAAAAAGAAGAAGGUACCGCCUACCACCCGGACCACUAGCCUUGCCAUUGGUUGGAAAUUACAAUCUAGUGGGAGACACCUUGCUUCAUGAGACGUGUGCCCGAUUGUCUGAUAAGUAUGGCCCCGUCAUCACCAUACAGUUUGGUCCUAUGCAGAUGGUGGUUUUGAAUACCAUAGAAGCUGUAACAGAGGCCAUGGUUACAAAGGGGGAGGACUUUGCUGACAGACCUGUGACUGUUUCUGGAAUGGAACUUAGUGAAGGAGGCAAGAAUAUUCUCUUAUCACAAUACACUCCCACGUGGAAACUCCAUCGUAGGAUUGCCACUAAAGCUCUCAGAAAGUACUUACGGGGUGAAAAGCAGGAGACCGCUAUCCAUGCUUCCAUGAACGAGUUUAUUACACUUCUGAUGGACACUGAAGGACGGGCUUUCGUUCCUCAUGCUUACGUAGACCACGCCCUGUUCAACCUGAUGUGUGGACUCUGUUUCAACAAAGUAUACAGUUUCACCGAUCAAACAUUCAACCAUUUUAUCGAAGUCGACAAUGAAUUCAUCAAAGAAUUUGGACUCGGUUUGACUGAAGACGUGAUUCCAAUUUUGGCCAAAAUUUGGCCCAGCAAACACUUCCGAAAAGUUAUUGGGCAUUUGAAAGAAUUAAUACAGUUUGUUACAGACAAAUUUCAGGAACAUGUGGAUGUAUUCGAUGCAGAUGAUAUCAAGGAUCUGACAGAUUUUGUCAUUUUGACACGAAAAGAAGCUGAGGAUGAUGAGGAUGCUGAACUGUUAAGUCAGUUAACGGAUGUGCAUCUUCGACAGACCAUUGCUGAUAUUUUCUUCGCGGGAUUUGAAUCAUCGCGUUUCACCUUGACCUGGGGUUUGCUAUAUUUAGCCGAUCAUCCAGAGAUUCAGAAACGAGCACAGGCAGAGAUAGAUACAGUCGUAGGUCGAGAUCGUCUCCCAACAAUAAAAGACCGUGCGGCCCUUCCAUACACAGAAGCUGUCCUCCUUGAGAUCAUGAGAAUUGUUACGGUGUCACCUCUUGGUAUUGCACAUGCGGCUCGCGUUGAUUCCACGAUCUGUGGGUACGAUGUUCCAAAGGCCACAACAGUUAUUAUCAACCACUGGGCACUUCACAAUGAUCCAAGGCAUUGGCACCAUCCUCAGAAAUUCAACCCGGAGAGAUUUUUGACGUCCGAAGGAAAGCUUGCUCCGACGCCUGAAAGCUGGCUUCCUUUCUCUGUUGGUAGGAGGGUGUGUUUGGGAGAAUCAGCGUCGAAACAGGAACUUAUAUUGAUUAUCUCGAUUAUCCUUCAUCAGUUCACCCUGAAACUGCCACCAGGGGGGGCAUCGGGGCUAGCUGGUUAUUUAGCAAAACAUUAUCUCAUCCAAGUCGAGAAAAGAAUAGUUUUUCACACCUAUUUCCAACAACGUGAAACUUCCCCAGUUUCCUCCAAUACUAAUUUACUAUUUCACUCUUCCGUAUCGAACUCCAGAUUGUACGUCACAUUUAUCUUCGCCAUGGACGAACUCAAAGAACAAAUACGAGAUGGCUUAUGUCAUAUCAAAGAAAUGCUCUCGCUCAUUCGGAACCACCUCACACCGACUACCUGUCUGGUCAGCUUUAGUGCGGGUCUUGUUGCUUAUUGGUUGAUAAAAAGAAAAAGAUACCGCCUACCACCAGGACCACUUGCUUUGCCAUUAGUCGGGAACUACAGUUUAUUGGGAGAUUCUAGAUUGCACGAGACAUGUGCCCGACUAUCUGGUACCUAUGGUCCCGUCAUCACUAUUCAGUUUGGUCCAAUCCGGAUGGUGGUUUUGAAUACCAUUGAAGCCGUAAUGGAGGCCAUGGUUACAAAAGGGGCGGACUUUGCAAACAGACCCGUCACCCUUUCUGGGACAGAACUUAGUGAGGGCGGCAAGAACAUCUUCUUAUCACAAUACUCACCCACGUGGAAAAUCCACCGCAGAAUUGCCACCAAAGCUCUCAGGAAGUACUUACGAGGUGAGAAACCAGAAGCUGCUGUUCAUGCCUCUAUGAAGGAAUUCGUUACUAUAUUGAUGAAAACUGAGGGACAAGCCUUCACACCUCAUGCUUACGUAGACCACGCCUUGUUCAAUGUGAUGUGUGGACUCUGUUUCAACAAAGUGUACAAAUUUGACGAUCCAAAGUUUACCAAAUUUAUGGACGCUGACGAUGAAUUCAUUAAAGUAUUCGGUAAUGGGUUAAUAGAAGAUGUUUUUCCUCUUUUGGCCAAAAUCUGGCCCAGCCAACAAUACCGAAAGGUUAUGGGAUACUUCAAGGAAAUGCUGCAGUUUCUGUUAGAUGAAUUCCGCGACCAUGUCGAGAAAUUUGAUGCAAAUGACAUCAAAGACCUGACUGAUUUUGUCAUCUUGACACGAAAGGAAGCAGAGGACGAAGAGGAUGCUGAGCUACUGAGUCAGUUAACUGAUGUCCAUCUACGACAGACAAUAGCGGACCUUUUCUUUGCGGGAUUUGAAACUACAAGAUUAACACUGACCUGGGGCUUGUUAUACUUGGCCGAUCAUCCUGAAGUACAGAAGCGGGCCCAGGACGAGAUCGAUGCAGUCGUAGGUCGAGACCGACUCCCAACAAUAAAGGACCGCGCCGCCCUCCCUUACACAGAGGCAGUACUAUACGAGGUGAUGAGAAUUGCUUCGGUGGUACCGUUUGGCGUUGCCCAUGCUGCUCGAGUUGAUUCCAACAUUUGUGGGUACGAUGUUCCCAAGGACACGAUAGUUGUUAUCAACCACUGGGCACUUCACAAUGAUAAAAGACAUUGGCAACAACCUGAGACAUUUGACCCGGAGAGGUUUCUGACGUCAGAAGGGAAGUUAGCUCCAUCACCUGAAAGUUGGCUGCCUUUUUCCGCCGGAAAAAGAAUGUGUAUGGGAGAAUCUACAGCAAAACAAGAGCUAACACUGAUGAUAUCGAUUAUCCUUCAAAAAUUCAAUCUCAGAUUACCGUCUGGUGUUACAGCUGAUUAUUCUCCUGAAGCCUCAGGACUUACAGGUUACAUGGCCAAUAGAUACCUGAUCGAAGCAGAGAAAAGGGAAUAA